AUCGAGACAUCUCCGAACGAGAAUCAGCUGCCGCUCGAGAGGCAGUCGUCAACGCUGCUCGCCGAGUCGAAGAGUCUAUCGGGUCAAGGUCGAGAAGGGCGUCUCAUUCUUCGGUCCCCGCCGCCUCCUUUACCGCCACAAGCAACAACAACAACGACGAUGAUGCCAACAACGACAAUACCAACAACACUACUGAUAUUGCCAACUCUAGCCCCUCAAACGUUCAGGGAGGCGCAAACAACGGCAUCGAGCAUGCCGCUAACGAGAGUCGUGAGGAGGCUCCCAUCGACAACGCCAACGAGGCUGAUGGGGACCCUCUUAAUGCUG